UUGUAAAACAAUGGAAGCUUUUGAUAAUCGCAUUAUUCCAUUAGAGGCCGAAGAAGACGAUCAAUUUCCUAUUGGUUUAAAAGUGCUUGCAAUUGAUGCCAAUAUUGUUUGCCUUCGUUAUCUUGUUCACCUCCUUCAAAAAUGUCAAUAUAAAGUAAGUGCAACAACAACAGCUGAGGAAGCAAUAAGGUUGCUAAACGAUGAGAAACAAACAUUCGAUAUUGUUAUUACUAAUGUUGUACGACACGACAUGGAUGGCUUCAAAAUCCUUCAAGUCAUUGGUGUUGGAAUGGAUAUUCCAGUUGUUAUGAUAUCAGCUAAUGACGAUUUGAAGAUGAUGAAGAGGGGACUUAUGGAAGGAGCUGACCUCUAUUUAUCAAAACCUGUCGGAUUACAAGAUUUGAAAAAUAUUUGGCAACUGGCUUUGCGUAAAAGAUCAUCUCGUAAAAGAUCGAACCCUAAUCUUUCGCUAUCGGAACAACCUGCAGUAGAAGAACAUCGUUAUCCCAUUGAAAGGGUUACAAUGAAUCAAGAUUAUGUGGGUGAUCAUAUUAUUAAUAAAUUAGAUGAUGAUAAUGAUAAUAAUAAUCUUGUCGAUUCAUCUUCUUGUUCAAAGAAGAGGCCACGAGUAAAUUGGACAAAGGAGUUGCAUGCAAAAUUCGUUGAAGCUUAUGAGAAAUUAGGAGAAAAGGAGAGAGUCCCAAAUAACAUAUUGAAGUACAUGAACGAUCCUAGAUUGACACGAGAGAAUGUGGCGAGUCAUCUUCAGAAACACAGAGAUACGUUGAGAAAGAAGAAAGCAAGUGGAGUCGGAAAAUUAGGAAUUCAAAGAAAUUUAUAUGAUAAAAAUCCAACAAAAGCCUCCACAUUAUACAAUUCGAUGAACCAUAUGAACAAAGUUUCAAAUUUGGGGCCUCAAUUUCUAAUAAGCAAUGGCCAAGGGAGUCAGACUUGGACGACGGCCGGAAGUUGCUAUCCGGUGCCGGAAUUCAAACAGUUUAAUUUCCCAUCCUAUACUUCAACUUCAAAACCGUUUGAUGAUGAUGAUCAUAAUCAGUAUUUCUUGGGAGGAUUUGAUGAACCAAUUAACAAUAGUUCUUAUUAUCCUUCCUUGAAAACUAAUUGCGAUUUCAAUUCAACUUCUCAAAUUUUUGUUGGACAUUAUGCAAUUGAAAAUCAUACUGAUGAUGGUGCAGGACAAUGUUAUCAAAUGCAAUUUAAUGCUGGAAAUUCCUUCGAAAGCUUAUUAAUGGAUGGCGAGCUUUCUGACAUUUUCAAAUAA